AUGUCUGAAUUACUACCUCUAGCUACUUACAACUUGAAGGUUGAGCCUUACACCCCCACGCCUGCCAUUGAUGUCACUGUGCCAGUGACCGUUAGAAUCACCUUGGCUGCUGUGGACCCAGAGGCAGUGGACAAGGAAAACAAGCCUUCCACUUUGAGAAUUAUCAAGAGAAACCCAGACUUCGACGACGACGAGGAUGACAUUCUAGGUGGCGACUUCGACGAAGACGAGCUGGACAACGAGGAAUCCGACGAGGAAGAGGCGCAGGAGGAGGAGAAGCCCGCCAAGAAAUCCAAGGGCAAGUCUAAGAAACAGCAGAAGAAGGAGCAGGAAGAAGAAGAGGAGGAGUCCGAGGGAUCUAUCGAGGAAGAGGAGGCCGAGCUAGACGAUGAGUUCCAAGAGUACGUUGUGCUGACUCUGUCGCCUAAGGUUCAAUUCCAGCAGACCCUAGACUUGGUAAUUGCACCUGAAGAGGAGGUUCAGUUUGUCCUCACUGGUUCAUACCCAAUCCACUUGACUGGUAACUACGUCAAGCACCCAUUCGACCAGCCACAGUACGGAGACGACGACUCUGAGGAGGAAGACUCUGAGGAAUACGACAGUGAGGAGUACGAUCUGACCCCAGACGAGGACGAGCUGCUAGAUGACUUGGAGGACGUCAGUGACGUCGAGAGCCGCAUCGAGGAGCUAGUUCAGCAAGACGAGCAGAAGAACAAGAACAAAAACAAGAACAAGAAAAGAAAGCAAGACGAAAAAGAAGACGGUGACGAAGAGAAGGCGCCUGAGCAGCCUAAAGAGACCAAGAAGACCAAGAAGGAGGAGCCAAAGAAGGACAAGAAGGAGAAAAAGGUCGAGUUCAAGAAGAACCUAGAAGAGGGUCCUUCCAAGAAGGCCGCCAAGGAGGCUGCCAAGGAGACCAAGCCAAAGACACAAGCACUAGAGGGCGGCAUCAUUGUCGAGGACCGCGUCGUUGGCCAGGGUAAAACCGCAAAGAGGGGAUCCAAGGUCGGCAUGAGAUACAUCGGUAAGCUCAAGAACGGCAAGGUCUUCGACAAGAACACCAGCGGUAAGCCUUUCAACUUCAACUUGGGCCGUGGCGAAGUUAUCAAGGGAUGGGACAUCGGUGUCGCCGGCAUGGCUGUUGGCGGCGAACGUAGAAUUGUUAUCCCAGCUCCAUACGCAUACGGCAAGCAAGCCCUACCAGGCAUUCCAGCCAACUCGGAGUUGACCUUUGACGUCAAGCUGGUUUCUAUGAAAUAA